GCGGUCACUCGAGAAUAUUUAGAUUUUUCAGAUUUUUCGAACGAGAUUACCCUAUUACUUUCAUGCAGCGUUGUAGAAUUUUGGCUCACGUAGGCAAAUAUAUAUUCACUAGUUAUCUAUCUGUAUCAGAAUGGGAACUCCUGAUUAGGGAUGACCAUCCGCAGUUCCCGUAAGAAUGGAGGGGGUUGGGGAUGCAACAAAAGAAUUGCCUGAAUCUCUCAGGUGUAGCAAUCCAUCAGACAACACAACCUCGCCCCCAGAGCCAAAAAAAGCCAAGAAAGAUGAACCAGAUCCCAGGCGGAAGCGUACUCCGAGUCCCUGGAGGUUCCCCAUCGUAGAUCGUGCCCAGGACCGACGCAAGUCUGAUGCUGGAGGAGCCUGGUUGGGAGUACCGAACGGACAGACGCAUGAACUUAGCCCAGAUAGCACCUCCAUUGAGUGUUGUCCUGGAACAAAUGCUGAUAUUGUCUCAACUCAGUCGCAACCUGUUAAUGUGACUAACUGUGCAGUAACCCUCCCUAGUUAUUCAGACACAACAACGGCGCGUCGGUCAACAUCUCUCAGUUUAAGUUCUGCUGCUCAUGCAUUUAGCAGUGGGCAAUCUAGUGAAUCAAACGGAGCAAAAGUUCCAAACAACUUGGGCCCUCUGGUGAAAUCGCCUGACUAUGACUCGAAUGCUAUGAUAAUUUCUCCCACAUCAGGGCAUUGUUCGCACAUAUCUAGUUCAGAGAAUGUAAACAACACUUUGGGAAUUGAUACCAGUCUUGCAGUGACAAUAACUAGCCCUGUUGAGAAAGGCAUUGGAAGCACUAGUUCUAGCCCUGUAGAUGCACCUAGCAGUCUUUUCCAUCAGCCUAACAUAGCUUUUCCUGUAGCAACUGCUAGCCCUACUGAAAAAAGUGUUGGUAGUUCCAGUUCUAGCCCUGUAGAUGCACAAACACAUGAUCCAUUCCAACGCCGUAACGGCCAUAAGUUAGAGAGGUCAGAUGAUGUAUACUUGGAUACAAGUUCACCUCCUGAUUUAAGAUUAGAAAGUGAGACCAGAGCUGAAUCCUUGGGGAAAGAAGAGGUAGCUGGUCAUCAGGAACUGAAAAAACACGCAGAGCAAGGUGUUUCCAGCAGCACUGAAGUUCAGAAGGAUGACUUAGUUUGUAAAGAUGCUGCUGAUUUGGUGCACAAUGCUGAUAAUCCAGCCUCAGCCAUCGAGGCUACUGAUCCCUCCACGAGUCCAUUCAAAGUGCCUAUCAGUCCGUGUCGAAUUCAGAAAUCAUCAAGAGUCACAGUAGAUCCCCUGACACUUCGCUGCAGUUCGCCAUUCUCACCACUUUGUUCUCCAAAGAUUUCUCCGCAGAGUCACGGCAAGUACAGCUUAACAGAGGUCAUGGCGCUGCUGGAAUCUCGCAUCCCAAAACUGCUCGAUAUCAUUGACUUCACGACGAGUAAACCACUCGAUGAUUUAAAAUUUGUUAAACGAAGGACGAAUUAUAAUCCAGAUAAUUCUUGGCGAAUACAUAUUGCCGACAAGAUGGAGGAACUUGGUAUUGUGCAGUUGUUGAUUCGAAUUUGGAACUCAAUCCAUAAAGAGGAUGGAACGGUCCAUCAGGAUGCUCUGACUAACAUUAUCCAGGUUGUAUCAACCUUGUGGAAUACAACCGACAUAUCCCGGAGUUUGUGUGAGAAAAUCACGCGUAGUGGUGCCAUAACUUUAUUUUUAGAAGACUUGCGAAAUGAUGCAUUUAACUCGACGGAAUUAGAAAACGAUGAAAUGAAACUGUAUUAUGUGAAGGGAAUUAUGGGUAUUAUGCACAACAUCUGCCGCCAUUAUCGUGACAGUCGAGAUGUCUUUCGUGAUGCCAUGGCGGUAAAAAGCCUGCAGGGGUAUUUGGAGUCGGACAACCCUGUUCUGAAACUGAAGGUCUUGAUUCUCCUCAGUUAUAUAAUAACUGAGGACGAGAACAUGAUCAUCCAUGCAGACGACACAAACAUCUGCUACAUUAUUGAAAUACUCAAAUCGGCCAUAGAAUCAGAAGGACACUUCUCGAAGAAGUACGGUUUCUGUGCGAGCGAGCUCGUCCACGGUUUGAACCACUUGGUCGCCAAUGAUUCCAACAAGGAACGUGUUGUAAGGAACCACAUCCUCCCUCUCUACGUGAGUCUACUCAGCCUCGACUGUAAGCCAGAGGAGCAGAAGUUUGCCGCUCGUGGCAUCUGGAUCCUCGCGUUUAAUGCAUACUGUAAGAAGAGGAUCAAAGAAGAGAACGGAAGUCUGGAAGGUCUGCAGCUCCUUAUCACAAGCGGUACGGAAGAAGGCGUCCGCCAUGCGGCAAGAGGUGCGCUCUGGGAAAUAAGUGCUCGAUGGAAGGUUUCAAGCAUAUCACAUGAUGCAGAUGUUGUGGCGAGUGAGGCACCACAUGUCAUGAUCAGCUAUCAGUGGGAUUCCAAACCAGUCAUGCUGAAAGUAAAGGACCGCCUCAAAGCCGAGGGAUACAAGGUUUGGAUGGAUGUUGAGAACAUGAGUGGUUCAACUCUCGAGGCCAUGGCACUUGCUGUAGAGAAGGCAGUUGUGGUGAUCCUGUGUGUGUCUCAGAGAUACAAGGACAGUCCAAACUGCAGAUCUGAGGCAGAAUAUACAUAUCGACUCCGUCGCAGUAUUGUGCCAUUGAUCCUCCAAAAAGAUUACACGCCUGACGGCUGGCUCGGGAUGAUGGUGGGCACCAAACUCUACUUUGACUUCAGCGACGAAAACAACUUUGACUUUGCUGUCGAUGGUUUGAUCCGGGAGUUGGGUGACCGUGGAAGAGUGAUCGCUGAUGGUGGCAUCGGUGUUUGUGAUUUUGUUGGCAGGUCCACCAGUCAGGAGUCGUACGCCACAUGCAGCAAUGCCGGCAGUCCUGAGACGAAGGUUGAAAGCCCCACAGAAACAGCCAUAGCCCUCCCAGAGAGGCCUCACUCCUUAUCCAAAAUCUUAGAAAUCAAAAAGUGGUUGGAGAACCAUGGUCUCAGUGAUUACUCUGAUAGAUUUGAAGACUUCGAUGGCGAGCUACUUUAUGAGAUGAAACGUAUGCAAGAGACUGCUCCAGACUUCCUCUACAGAACCCUCCAAUCCGAAUACGGUUUCAAACUACGCGAUAUUCUCCUGCUGAAUCGUGCGUUGAGGAAGUCAACUCUAUAGCAGUGAAGAGACGAUAACAGGAACCAUAGUUAGGAAAGAUAUUUAGACAGAGCCAGCAGAUCCUCUGCAGGAUGAGUGCCAUAGAAAGCUCCCUGAUGCUUGUAAUCAGUGUUAAGUUGUUCGUCUAGAUGAGCCUAGUUUUGCACCUAGUGACCAGGUGAGGUGCUGUAGACUUUCAAGAGCUCUCCUCUGGGACAGUUGAUAUUGAACUCUUGAAUGAUUGAAAUUAGUGAAUACGGCUAGUGUGUGUGCUUUAUUUGUGCUCUGCUAAAGGCAACUUACUCUUGAAAACAAAUUGUGGUUUAUUUGCUCAAAGUGUUAAUUUGUUUUAGUCUGGAAUGUUUUAAUUCCAAUUGAAUCAUUUUGUGUGUGUUUAUGUUAGUUUUUAAUAACUACCCAUCUGCCAAAUAUUUAGUCAUUGUCUGUGGGGUGGGUCUUCUUUGCGAUUAUGACCACUGUCUCAGUGUUAGGGUUUAACAAUCAUUUUGUUAGUUAUUUAGGUGCUGUAUAUAUGAUACUGUGUUCAUUCCUGAGCUUUUUCGGCUGUGCAAACUUAUUUUUAACAGAUGAACUAGAUUUUGAGAAGUAUUUUAAAAAUAAGUGUUCAAGGUUUUUUCAUCAAUAGGAAACCAAUUUUGUCCCUUUUUACAAUACUUCUUCAGCCCGUGGUUGAAAGCUGAUGAAUUGGCCUAGUGCCAGACAUGGAUGUACAGCAUCUCAGUCUUUGACGAGGAUUAUGACCACGGUUCUGUUCUAUUAUGCAGAAUUGGUUAAGUAUAUAAUAUGUGAAGUUGUUGAAAUGUGCGGUGUUUAUCCUAGUUCAGGCCAUAGAAAUAACUCCACCCUUAUUUCAAUCUGAAUAGCAACUGAUUUGCAUGUGCAUUGAGAAUUCAGAUGCAGGUUGUAAUGAAAGCCAAGUUUCUUUUCAUAGCAUUUGUUUGGUGAUGUUUUCCAUGACUUGCUUGACUUGCUGUGUUUCUCUCAGGAUCAAUGACGCUGACAUUAUCGUUACCUUUUGUAGCGAGAACCCUGUCAUUCUCAGGUGAUGGUUUGUCAUCAGACUGAGGAAUUAUUGAAAUAUUGAACUUGGGUUCAACCAAAGAGGUGUGUGUAUAUCUGUUUUAAAUUGAUUUUUUAUUAUUGCUCAUUUAUUCCACUUACUUUUCGAUGGAUCUCUGAUUUAGCUGUGUUACCAGUUGAUGUGUUAGUUGAUUGUUGUGUCUGUUUGUGUAAUUGUUCAUUUUGCAUUACUAAUCUGAAGUCGGGUGUCUAAGGUUUUAGGUCUGAAUCCAUUAUAGUGGGACAACAUCCCAGUUUCCUGUCUUCCACAGGCAAGGUGGUCAGUUAUUAUCACCAAGUCAAUAUCUUACAUUUAAAUUAACCCAAUGCCUGUGAAAGCUGUGUGAUGUCCUGGUUCCUGCUGUAGUGGAAUUCCAAGCUUGAAUCUUGCCUUAAUUGUUUUAUCUUGUGUUUGUAGCAUUCUCCUGUCCAACAGCACACAGAAACUAAACCCAUUUUCCUUGCAAAAUUGAGUUUCAUACCUCAGCUGAGAGUAUUUUGUAUAGCGAUGCUUCUGCAAUUUUCUUUAGUUAUUCCAAAUCCAACUAAUUAUCAGGUUUAAUGUCAGAACAGAUGUCAAAGUUAGAAAGACUUGAAAGAAUUUGUAGUUGUGCAUGAGCAAAGCUCAUAAAACUCCUAGAUUUAUCAUUCUGUCUGAACCUGCAAGAACAUUUCUUCCUCGGAGAUUUGUCUUGGCAGUGCCCGAUUUAUAAUGCCAGUUGUUGUCAAUUGGCCUUUCUCAAUUCAGACUGAAUGUUGUCAGACUCAGUUAAGUUCAGCAUGUUUCAUGGUUCUCACUCAGUGGUCUGCAACAGCUCAAUAGGUGGCUAUGGAGCAGCCGUUGAAAUGCCGGUAGAGCUGAUGUCACCUCUGUUGAUGGGUGGAGUAUGAGAGCUGCCAUGAGAACCUGGUGCUGGUUUUCCUUUCAUGACGGACAGGGUGGUAAAGUUAGUUGUUUUAUGGGAGAGAUUGUAAGAGACCUUGUGUCAUGUUGAUUUACAGAAAAG